AUGAAUAAUAUUAUCUGUGAAUCUUGUGAAAAAUGUAAUUUACUACAAUUUCGUAGGCAGGCAACUACUAAAUUAAUUGAAGAUCAACAUUAUCUUCAACAUACUUCUGAUCACAAUCAUGCCGUAAAAGCCAGUCAGAUUAAUAUUAUAAAAACUAUUAAUAUAUUAAAAGAGCGUAUACAACAAACUAAUGAUAAACUUGUACAAAUUAUUCAAUCUAUAAUAGCUGAUACUUUACAAGAAGUAUAUCUAUACCUUUCAUCUCACAAUGUACUUCAUCAAUCUAUUAAAAGAAUUAGAAAUGUAGAUUUACUUACAAUAUCAGAAUCUUUAAGAGACCUUGUUAUUCCUAAAAUUUAA